CCCCAACAGCAAGGAAGGUAUUCAUCCGACAAAGAAAUAGUCCCACCCCCACGAAUAAAAGUGCAUUUUCUUCGUGGUUGGGCUGCUGCUAGUGGCUCAUGCAACGACUUCAUGGCAUAAAUUUGAUGACAAUUCGAUGCGGGACAUAAAUACUUUUUAUUGCGUACUUUUCAAAACAGUACAGUGCGAGGUUCUUCGUUGUAUGGAGUUUAAAUGUUCCUGCAUGAAUGGGGCGUUACAGUAUUCAGGUUGUUUUUAAAAUUCCCUUUAAGACACAUUUGAAAGACGGAUAGUUUUGCAACAUUGUGAUCCAAAGUUUAAUUUCCAACAUAAUGCUCGAAAAAAACGUCAAAACAGAUGACGUAGUGAGACGGUUACGCGGAGUGAUUCUUUUUGGCAGUAACACGGUCGUGAUAACCGGAUUAAACUAGAAUUUGCUUGAACAGCCGGAUCUACUUCCCCUUUACUGCAGUGAUAGCUGUUUGUGACUCAUGAACAAUAGAAAACAGCCAACUCAAUCCCUUUAAAUUGAUUAAUUUUGUCCAAUACCGUCGUUUUUCUUGCUCUGAUGAAAAGCCACUGACGUACUUGAUGCUGUUUUUUCUUAUUUGAUUUAUCACACGGCUUAAUCUAGAAAUAUUUCAGUUAUUUUACGCGUUUCUAAAUGAUCACUCUGAUUUCAUGUUACUGUUCUGUUUCGACUUGUGACAAACUGUAUUGCUGCAAGGUUGGCUGUAAGUGUACGUGACAAAAAUAGAAAUGUCCAUAGAACUGCCAGGAUCUGUGUGACAGGGUGGAAAAUUACAAAUGCUGGGAGACCAAAGCAGCAGUUCCCUCGUCUCUCCAGCAGAGGGUACAGUGACAAAUCAAAUCUCAUACCGCCCUCUGUACACGCACGUAGGCAUACACACACACACACCGUCCACGUAUCUACUGAACUGGGUUUCAACAUUGAUCAUAGCACCCAGAACAAGUCUGGGCAACCUCCCUUACGUAACAUUUUAAAUUACAGCUCUGUGGUAUUGAUCACUAUCGGCUCGAUGGAGGGAGUUGUCCCUUUGAAUGAGUUUCAACCCCUCCCUGCCUCCAUGAAUUGAUCCUUUCAUGGAUGGUACACAGGACCCAGUGCAGUUGGGUCCACACAAAGAAGUAAGAGUAUUCACUUUAAUGUGCUGACAAUACCACAUCAGGAGCCUUAACCCCAUGGGUUUAUCAAAGGCUUUGCAGUUCUGCCCAUCAGAGUCAUGAUGAAGACUGAUUGAUUUUGCAUUGAGUCACUUGUUUAAGAAGAUAAAUAUUCAACUGCGAGGAUAACCGUGAAGGUUUUGGCAGUAACACCCAACAAACCUUAAAUAUUUGUUAACAAAUGUUACUGGUCAAAUGAUCCAUAAAGAUAAAUGAUACAGUGUACAUGCAAAUUAAACAGUCUAGGCUACUUGAUAAAUCAAAGAACUAUAGCAAUGCCAAUAUGGUGAUUGUUGUUUUUUAAAAAAGGAUUUAUGAAAACCAUAAAUAUUGGUCAUGGAGCAGUUCAGUUUUAGUUUACUCAAAAUAAAAAGAAUUAAAUCAAAAACUUUCUUACAAGACAACAAUCUAUGACAUUCCAGUGAGAGGCAACAAUAUCAAAUGCUCAAACUCGAAUUUCACAAGUUAUUUCAGUGAGUUAAAUUGACCCUGUUGCAUCCCUCAGGGCUCAGUUCGAUUGUCUCCUGUACGAGGACAAAGGUCUUGCUCUUUCAGUUGGUUCAAUGAGCAGCGUUUUCAUCAGAUGGGAUACAAAAGCACAGUCCAGGAAUUUAACCUUCUUGCUCACGAGCGGUGAUUCCAUUUUUCCAUUGCCAGCCUCUGAAGGGGACUAUCUUUCUCUCAUAGCUAGCGACAAUAACAAUGGAAUGGAUAGUUGGCAGAACCUCUCAGUGUUUCAUUUUCUGUGUGGACUUUUACCGGCAAACUCCUCAGGAUUGAAGAUCUUGUUCAGUGGUUUAUUGUAUUUUUUUUUUUUACUUUGGUGAGUAACUAAUCCAAAGCUGUAGCCCAAUUGUUUUACGGCCCUAAACAGCAGUACAUUACUAUCUCACCUUUUCAUUUCUGCAGUCGUCACAGUUGGAUAAGUUUUUCUGAUAGGUAAAAAUAUCUGGGGAAAAAACUGUUACAGACGAAACAAUAGAGCAUCAACACUAAUCACCAUCAUCAGCCCUGACAAAGCUGAUAAAACCAGGACAGGAUCUGUAACAAGGGAGGAGAGCAGUAAUGGAGAAUUAUUUUAAGCCUGUUCAUAGCCCCACUGGACCGGGUGAAGUCAAACCACGGAAGCACCACCACCACUCUCAUCAUCCUCAUCACCUUCAGCAUGACCAAGACCGUCAGUCACACAGGUAUUGUUGAUUCCAGUCUGUACACGUCUGGUGGAAAUUAUGUAGGAAAUGUACAUACUUUAUGAUUUUCAUUAUCAAUCAUACAGUCUCUGCCAACCAAUAAAAUAAUAACUAUAUGAAUAAACAAAUAUAUAUUUUGUACAGUUUAUGCUCCUUUUUAGAAUUUUUUAUUUGAGUUAAUAUCUUGCCUGUCCCUGUUUUGCGUAGGUACACAAUGUUUGAUGACACAGACAGAAACACAGAUGACAGCCUGGGGCACCACCAUCACCAUCAACAUGGUCCCUAUUUCCAUGAUAGCUCUCAUCAUGAUACCCCCCAUCGUCAUCGAACAAAGCAACCUCACCACAGUGAAGAAGAUGAGAUACUGUAUAACUCUGAAACCCCUGUAAUCCUCUCCAGGGCCUCUUCUUCCUCUCUCUCGUCAUCUGAAUCCUCAUCCUCUUUUUCCUCCUGGUACACGGAAGAAAGUGCAAAUGAUCCAUUCUCUUCUCAUCAGACUGAGCAGCCACAGCACUCCCUGUCCUGCUCCAACAUAGCAGAUAUCCGCAGAGGAUUUAGGGAAGACGACGGCAGCGAGCCCAUUGUUUUUGCCACUGUCACACACGGCAAAAAGGACAGUGUUUGCAGUGAGACCCAUGUGGGCUCACACAAGACAGGAAAGGGUGGUUAUUCUUCUCUUGAUCGAUCUCACAGCAGAAGUGCAAGCUCUGAUGUUGGAAGAGAGCAAUCUAGGGUACCACACAUGAACUAUGGCACCCUGUAUAAGACAACAAGUUUGAACAGAAGCCUGGCAUUCAGUGAUGAAGACAUUCUGUUGGGGGUCUCCCUUGGCCCUAAAAGAGCUGUGUCCUCCAGCCAGCUGCCCAGCAAAGGUAUCCUCAAAAAUAAGGAACCUCUUAAUGACAUUCGUAAGGCUAAAUCUAUGGAGGUGUUGUCCCCAAGAGUUUCCAAAGGACAAGAUCCUUCAGGACAGAAAGGUAAAGGGAUUACUCAAGUUGAGAUUGAGCAAGCCAGGGCAAAUUUUGUGCAGGGAAAGUUACAAUUCUCUGCUUUUCUGGAUGAGAUUACAAAGCAGGUUAUAAGUCCAUCUGAUCUUAACAUUUUGGGUUUGAGCAAUAAAAAGUCAACUGGAAAGAAACCUGAUGCAGCCCAGAAACCAGGCCCAGUUCAGCCUCAACUCCCACCUAAGAAGCACAAAGAAAGCUCAGGGGAUGAGAGGGCACAGCACCCAAAACAGCACGGUAGACAAGAGAAAGCAGCUCGUAGCAAACAAGACUGUUCAACGCCUGAUAAACUCAUCUCGUAUGCAGCUAAGAAACACCAUGGCAGUCCUCCACCUAACCACUACCCCCCCUCUCUCAGCCACAAAGUUCACCAUGGGGGCAACCGCAAAGACAGGAGAACACCACCAACUGGGGGCCCUUUGUCAGGGGUCAAAUAUGGUGGAAGUGGCCCUAACCUGACAGAUGGCACCAGCACCAGUCCUGAAUCAGUCCAGCCAAAACAAAGGCACCACCGUAACAAGCAGGCAACUGCUUCCUAUGGCAAGCAUACCCAACACUUUCCUCAGGACCAGCCUCAGCAGGCACACCCUGGCCCUGCACACCGAGGACCCACAAACUCCUCUCCAUCCUCAGCCAAGCGUGUUGAGCCAGGCCUUGGAUCUGAGUCUUCAUCAUCCAAAUCAGAUUCAUCGAGGACCAGGGACACAGCCUCAACAGCUACCAGUCACAGUUCAGGGCAAAGUGGUCGACACCACUCCCAGCAUGAGGGGCACCCUAAACAACACAGAGUAAGUUCUCUACUUUAAUGUUUUUGGUGUGUCAUUGUACUGCCACUGUAAUAUUUGUGAGUUUUGCAUUUGGGUUAUAUCUCCAGUGAAAUUCCUUACUAACUUCAUAAUCAGUACAGUGAAUCAGUCCUAAAGCCUCUGACGGCAUAGCACUGCAUUGAAGGACAGAUAUUCCUGCGUAAACAGAACAGGAUGUGCCUAAGAAAUACAGCACUGCUCUUCUCUUGCAGAGGCAGUGUAGCUGAGUCACAGGCUUUGUGGGACGUGUCAAACACUACGCAGUGCAAGCUGAGUCAUUCAUCAGCACUGCAGCAGAUGAAAGCCCAGUACUUUGAGAGUAAACUCCCAUUGAAAGUACCUGAUUUAUCAGUUUAAAUGUUUCUUUUCAAGAGUCAGUGUUGAGCCACUUUAUUUUUCAUGAUGACUUGUGAAGGCAGAGAAAGUAACAAUGCACUCUGCACAAAAUAGCAGCAGGCAUCAAUAUGGUAAAUGUGAGAGUCAGUUGGUGGAAUAAGAGCCAGUAUCUCACUGCUCUUAUGUAAGUGUCUGUACAGGCUUACGCUUUCACAGUGUACUGAUAAAUGUACAUCAUUGCAUAACAUCUCCCAUGUCCAUGUGAUCACUGUGUACGAUUUGUCACAUAGGGAUUGUCUCAUUGAUUCAAACAUAUGCACAGAUUCAUACAAAGUCACACAUACAUGCAGAGUUUUACCGGCUACAGUACAGCUAUACUGAACUAAUUGAUUGCAGUGGAGUCCAUUUCCGGGUGAAUGUCUGCCACUACUCAAUAAUUUAUUCAAUCUGUUGUGGCCAGCAGUUCUAAUGGACUAAUGAUGCAUUCUGGGUGCUUCCUGACUUUCACCCGGUGUAACCCUGAUAUUCAUCUUUGUACUAUUUGUACUAUCCUUAUAUAUUAAGGCUUUUUCACCUGUGGCACCAAGCUUUUAAUUCAUCCUGCUCUUGCCUGCACUGUGUGUCCAUUCAGAUAAAAGGCCUCAAAUCCCCUUGUUGGGGAGUUUGAGUUUACUGUUUAAAUAUCUAUAUGUUGUAAAAGGACAGUGGUGUGUUUGUUAUCGUCCAGGCUCUGCUUCAGCACACUGGAAUUCAAGGUAAAUGAAAGCUGUGACACUCAUCAGGGACACCCAAAAGUGUUUACAUUCAGAUUUAGUGACCAGUGAGGGACUGUCAUAAAAACUGAACAUUGAAUUUUUAUUUUUGAUUCAGAGGGUCAAUACAAACUAUCUAAUGUCUGUAUAGAAGAAUAAAACAACGGCAGUAUUAUACCUGAAAAUAUAUGCCCUGCAUUUUGUCCUUCUCUUAUCCUUUUGUCAUUCUUUUUCUAGAAAACACUCUAUGAUGCUGAUCAUCUCAGGUGAGAGUGGAAUGAUUCAAACCUACUUCCUGUCUGCUACCUUGAGAUUUCUCCUCUUCUGUUCACACUGUGUGUUCACGUGUGGAGUCGGUGGUUAUUGAUCAGAGUAAUGAGCAUCCGCUCUCCCUCCACUCUGGUUCAAACAGGAAGAAGUGUAUUAAUGGAACUCAUUUAUAUAACCGCUUGUUGAUAUUGUAUGUGACAGGACUAAAAGGAAAUAGGGAAACAAUAUGAACGUUAACUUAAUUGUAACUUAAUUGACUAACAAAACGUUGUAUAUUAUUCGAAACUGAUAGUUGUUGAACUUUUACCUGUAGAAUACAACUCAUACGUCGACUGAUGCAAUUUCCACAUUAUUCCAUUUAUUUCAGUGAUUUUGUUUUUGUAAAAUUCAUGAAGACAGUUAUGUUGUUUGUAACUUUGGUUUCAAGAAGUUCCAUACCCAAGCUAAGUUGUAUGAAGUUACAAGUGCAGCAGCCAUCUUUAUUUACACACUCAAGUCUUUUUACAACAAUGUCCACAUAUCAUGGUAAAAAGCAAAAAAACAAAACAGUGUAUCUCAAAGGUUAUGUCCAAAAACUUGUGUCCUUUUGAGUCCUCCCAGCGUACCAGAAGCUUUCUGGAAGCCUCCUUCACUGUUGCCAUUAAACAAAGUUAUAAUUCCUCUCAUAAAGUGACAACAUUGCUGAAUUCCCCUGUAACUUUUUAAUUAGCAGUUAGAGCACCCUGUAGCCCCAACUGGGGAUUCAACACACAUUAACCUGUGAGUCCGAAACUUUGCUCAUUUAUAGCACUGUCAUCCAAUAUUUUCACUUAAAAUUUGUUUUCAAAAUAAGAAAAGAGUAUAAUAGCACCUCUUUAAGGUCAUGAUUGCAAAGUCAGGGCUUUUCUUUAGUCUUGACCAUAAUGUCUCACCCACUGUAAAAGACUAGUGUCCGUGAUAGUGAUACACUUUAAAAAUAUGCCUAAGUAUCAUGUGACACUGUUUCCCCUUUCAACAUUCUUGACUUUCCAGAGCACUGCAGGAGGAAAACACAGAUCUCCACCAAAACUUACUGCAGACUGUGGUUUGCAUUGAGAGCCUGGAAGUAGAGCUGCAGAGGACCAGGGACGAGCUCAGCCAUGUCAAAGAGAAGUAUAAAAGGUUUGUAAUGGUAAACAUGACACAGUUCAACAUGUACGAUUGAUUAACAUUGCUGAAAGUCACCAAGUCAGAUGGUCAAAGAGAUAGUGGAGCUUACAGAGUAUGGUGGAGCAUUAUGUUCUCAAUGUGUUUUAGGGUGAUGAAGUUCAUGCUGGACAUGUGAAUGAGAGUGGCAUUGUGUUAUGUGUGCACAAAUGGCCUCCAGAGCUGACAGUAAUCUAUACAACUCCAUAAAGUCCACCUAUAGCUUCACAUCAUAGUUCAAAUAGAUUUAUUGAUCAGUGGGAUGAACCAAUAAAAACCACACAUCACCCCCUCUUUGUUUCCACGUGUCUUUUUGUGACUUGUUUUCCUUGGCCAACAAGGACUUAAGCACUCAUGGCAUUUGUGUAUUUUCACCAAACAACUGCUGUGGCCCACCAGGCACAUAGCACACAUUCUUUGACAGACUGGAACAACUGGAGUGAAUGGUCAUCUCACACUGGGUCACAGUUUGGUGUCAGUUGUUUUAUGUCAGUUGUUUUAUGAGAGUUUGUGCUCGCCACUUGGCCAGAAGGACAGAUGUUUUUUGAAGAAACAUAUGAUGAUGGACCGUAAAAACAGCAUGACUAUUUAUGAAAGGAUUUAUGUUUGAUGGUUUUCUGUUUGUCUUCUGUCUGUUUUUCUUGAAGCCUUUUAGAGACCCACACUGGGACCAAACAGGCCAAUAACCUCCUGGGUGAACGCCUCCACAUAGCGGUAAGAAAAAUUUGCAUAGAUUGCAUAAGAUUGGGAAAGCCAUUAGCAAAAUAACCUCAAGCUUUAAGCCAUUCGCAUGUUAAUGACUCACCAUUGUAUGUCUUGUUAUGUGUAUUUAGUCAGAGAGCCUGAGCAAUGAGAGAAAGUACCUACUGAACCGUGUGUCCGAGCUAAGCUCAGAGUUGGAGGACGCCCACAGGACUAUGGCCGCCUUAGAGAACAUUGAUGUGAGCAUAGUGCCAUCUACUGGAUAUUUUUUUGCUCACUUUUAAAUAUUACUUAAAGUAGAUAUACGACCAUUAAAAUGGAUGGAUCUUCUGUAAUCCUUCGUAGGAAACAUCUCAGUGAAUAAAAUGUAAUAGAAUGAUCGUGUUAAAUAGGUUUUAAAGGACUCAAACUUUAAACAUAAUAGGCAAUAGGCAUGUAUGUUCAUUUCAUUUUAAGAUCAUGAAGUAGAAGUUACCAUGGUGUCCAUUUUUAAGCACCCAGAAAGCUCUGGACGCUGACAAAACCACUGAAAUUAAAUAAACAUUAAAAGGGGGGUUUUCAAGUCAAAGACAAUAACAUUGGAAGUGACAAAAUAUCGCUGGGAAGUUAAAGAGCUUAACAGAUAUUGAGAUUUACACUGCCACACUGCUCGAUCAAGCCCCUGUAGAGUUUUAUUGACUUUUACACAAAAUUGAGAAAAGAUUUAAAGUAGAUUAGUACAAUAAAAAAGAAGAAAAUCCACACCAUCCAUUGCUGUAAUGCCCUGUUACUUUACAUCGUAUUUGAAGGAGCACUGUCGACAUGGGAAUCCAAAAUAUUUGAGUCCAAAUUUAGUGUCAGUGGUGCUUAGAUCCUUUUCUUCUAAAAGUGCCAACAAUAGGAAGAAAAAAAAAACGUAAACAGGACUAAACAUGCAAUUUAUUACAAGUCUUACCCUGUGUAGCAACAGGGUGGACUGUGUAGUAACCAUUGUUUAAGGUGGAGCUUGAACAACUUAAUAUAUGGUUACAUUGUUUAACAGAGAAGUAAAUUUGAGGGUCUCCAAAAUAAAUUAGAGGGGAAUGAAAAAGACAAAGGAACUGUGCUGAAGUGUUCCAGCUUUUCUACUUCCUCUCUCCUGUAAAUCUAAUCUAUCAUUUCCUCCUAUUUGAAAAACUAUUUUGGUUAAAUGGGGAACAACGGGAGGAGUUGGUAUAGCUAACACUGUGUUUUAGACUGAUGCCACCUAAGAAAUAAAAGCAGGAAUAAAAGUAACCCUGUGUUUAAGAAGAUUUGCAUGGAUGAAUUCAGAGCUAAUAUUUGUGUCUGGUGUGUCAUCAUCAGGUGCCAUGCUUGAUAAAGGAGAUACUGGAAAAGCAUUUUAACUCUGCUGAAGACAUACAGAAGUUGCUGAAAACCUCUGCCUCAAACAGCCAUUCUGCCAACUCCCUGCUUUCAGAUGACCAGUCAAACGCUCCUCGAGCAGAUGAAGAAGCGUAUGAUUGGCUAACAAAAUCAGAGGCAGGUCUGCAGAGGGUCACAGCUUUCAUACCGUUCAAACAGGAGGUGCAAACAACAGGAACUGAAAGCAGCCUCUCAGGCGAGCAUGAUCCCAGGCACAGCCCACCUUUCUCUGUAAAUGACAUCAGCACUUCCAUCUACAAGAAAAUGGCUGCUAGUUAUGCUGCCAGACCCCGACCUCUUUACCCCCAAAGCCAGCAGCAGCCCUCCCUAAGCACCAACCAUGCCGACACCCCACCAAAGCUCCAGCAGGCACACGCAGGACUUGACAGCUGGGUGGGAAAUGGAGGGGUAAAAGUGACUCUUGUGGAGCAUGACAUAGUGGAUGUGACCUCUGCGUCAGCCCAGCAGAUCCUGGAUGACUUCAUAGAACAGCUGCAGGCCCCAAAGGAGGUCGGAGGAGGGAAGGAGCAGCAGGGAAAGUAGGAGUGAAUGGGUGGAAGAAACAAAACAGGCGAAGUGGCAGACUGAAAAUGUCAUCCAACAACACAGCAGGAUGAAAUCUAUUCAGUUCUUAACACGAUAAGUGUGUAUUUAUUCAUUUUUCACUGUGGUAAGAUUUAGACAUUGUUGCCCUGACUGAACUGUCAGGCUCCAACUCAAAAAGGGCGUUUUGUGGCUUGUAUUUACUGUAUAUGCUAAAAUAUUUUUACUGUCCAAAAUCUAAAGGGAGGAAGAACAUUUUUUGCUUGAUAUUGAAGCAUGAAAGCUGGCAAAGUUUGAUAAUUUUGACACACUUCUAGAAGAACUAUUUUAUAAAAAAAAAAAAAAAAAAGUCUAUUUAUUUCAUGUGUAAACUCUUUACAGUGAAUACAUAAAAAGCAACAGACCAAUAACAUGUAAGACUGAAAAAAUAGCAUAGAGAAAGAUAGGGGUUUAAUCAUAGAAAAGUGUUUCAAGUAAGCUAUGAAAAUGAAUUUGCCUUUGAAUUAUUUUAGUAUUUUACAACAGACUGUUGCACUGUCUUUCAGUGAAGACAGUCUUAGUUCUACUUUUGUUAAUAAUCACAUCCAGAGAGAUAUACCUCUUGUAAAUUUUAAUCAAGUAUUCGUUCUCACCUUGUUUUUGUUUUUUUUUCAUGUUUAUUUGUGAAUCGUUACCCCUGAAGAAAGCGUGUGAGGCAGAUAAUUGAUUCAUUAUCCAGAAAGAUUUCUGGGAUCUACUCUGAAACUUAAAUGAAGUCAUUAUAAAAUACAUUCACCUUUGUGAAAUAUUACUUUCUCUGAAAUGUAACAUGUGAUAAUGUACACUUAGAUACCACAACUGUAUUUGUAUGCACUAGAUAGGCUCUUUGUGGAUGCCAUUCUUCUCCUUGAUGGGUUAUAUGUGGUAAGGUGAGUCAGAGCACACAGUAGUGCUUUAUUGUUGAGAAACAUGAAGCUGUAUUUAUGUAAAAAUUGUAUUGUAACGUAAAUUGGUUAGAGAGCAAAGGUAAAAAUAUGAAUGUUAUUUUAAUCAUAUGACUCCCAUGUUCAAUUAGUGUACAUGAUACCUUCCUGAUCACUGUAAAUACAUUCAGUAUGUUACUGUGUCAUUACAGCUGUUUUACCAAUAAAGAUAUUAAUGUUUAACUCCUCAA